GCCCCUCGCCGGACGCUCUCCCACAGAGAGGAACUCGGCCCCAAGCCCCGGAGACCCGCGCAGGCCGCCUCCGGAGGAGCCCCCGCAGACGCCAUACUAAAAGCCAAAAUGGCUGCCCCAAGGAAGCCCGCACCGCGCAGCUAGUGAGGGCUGGGUAACAAGCUUCUGCGGGAAGGGGGGAGGGGGGCUAGAGGAAGAGCCGUCGCCAGGACCAUCGCCCCCCGAGCCGCACAGGUUCUGGUUACAGCCACCCCUCGCCAUAACUUUUGACCUAUAUUUGGAAAAAUACUGGCCAGAAAAAAAAAAUGAUAAAAUUUUUCCUCAUGGUGAAUAAACAAGGGCAGACCCGACUUUCUAAGUACUAUGAACAUGUGGAGAUUAAUAAGCGUACGCUUCUGGAAACAGAAGUCAUAAAGAGCUGUCUCUCUCGAUCCAGUGAACAAUGCUCUUUCAUUGAAUAUAAGGAUUUUAAGCUGAUAUAUCGGCAGUAUGCAGCUCUCUUCAUUGUGGUCGGAGUUAAUGACACUGAGAAUGAGAUGGCAAUUUAUGAAUUCAUCCAUAACUUUGUGGAAGUUUUAGACGACUACUUCAGCCGAGUGAGUGAAUUAGAUAUAAUGUUUAAUUUGGAUAAAGUACACAUCAUUUUGGAUGAGAUGGUGUUAAAUGGCUGCAUUGUGGAAACGAAUCGGGCAAGAAUUCUUGCCCCUCUACUAAUUCUUGAUAAGAUGUCAGACAGCUGAAAACAGAAAGGCUCUGCCAGACAACAUCGACUUACAGGAAAUGAGGACACCAUGGAAUACCUCUCAACAUCACUAGCCCAAAAGAAUCUGGAAGACCAAACACUGCAAAAUGGGCUGUCCUUCCAAAGACAUUUUAAAUAGGUGUUUUCCACAGUUCCUAAAUGGAAAACAAAACUGUAUUUUAAAACAUGAGGCACAAAGAAAAUUUUUCUCUAAACGGAGAGACAAAUUUUAUUUUCUGAAGCAUUUUUUUUCUCCCUUAUUUAGAUUUUGUGGAGUACUGAGGGAAACUCUUUUGGUCUCUGCUUCCCUUUGCAAAGGGAUAAAUUCAGGAACAGCAUCAUGGGGUGGGAAGAAAAUGUGGCACCUAUUGGCCAAUAAACUUUUAAAAUUGACUUGAACAUGCAUAGCACUUUGAAUAAUACUGUUUUCUGAAUGCUAUCUUUUUCCUUAAGUCAAAAUGUGUGUACCUAAUGAAAAUUGCAAAAUCAAAUAUUCUUUGCCAGUUUCUAAAAGCCUGAUAUCCAUUUUAUGGGUACUUGGCAAUUACAAUGACAUCAUGUAAUUAACUCUAUAGAGAAUGUUACUACCUAAUAAUGAAUCGCUAAGACAACCCUUAUAGCUAUCCUACAUGCCAUAUUGUGAAGAGUUAGUCUUAGUAGUAAACUUAUUUGUAAAUGAAAUUUAGUUCAAAGUUUAAAAAAAGAAUGCAAGAGAACAUCUCUGUUCAGGUUGCCAUGAAAUGACUCCGUCUUCCCCUCCCUUUUAUUCUUUCAACCCCUUCUCCUGGAAUGUGUUGAAGCAAAGAAAACUUCUAAGUCACUAUAGAAGAGCAAUGCUCUGAUCCUCCCAAACCUUUCUGUGUAUAUGCUUUUGCUUUGUAACAGUAGGAGAUACAGAGCUGUCUUAAGUAAAAGCAGGUUCAUGUGCAUGUUAGGGUAGGAGGGCAAGUACAUUGGAGGACACAGAAAUAUAGUCUUGAUACAUGAAGAUAUUGUGCCACCCUAUGGAAUUCCAAGAGUUCUUUCACCUACAACACUCUGUCCUGCAAAAGAGGACGCAAAUGGGCAUUCUAGGCAGUAAUUCAUUCAGUACUGUCUGAUCUCUCUCCCUCUCUCGUGUGUGUGUGUAUAGGGGGAUUUUGUUUAAGUUCUCUGUGUUUCUAAAACUUCACUUACAUAUUUCAAAGUUUGCAUCUACCAGGCAACCAGUCAAUAAUGGACUCCAGAAGCAAACCUUAAUUGUUCUGGACUCAUUCAGGAAGGCAGAGGAAAGGCUUCUGACCUGCCAGAACAGUGAAUGGUAUGCAUUAAGUAGCCAAGGUCUGGGGAAAGCCCAGUCUAAAUCAAAGUGCUUUGGAGGUCUUUCUGACAUAAUUAGUUGGGAAACACUGGCCUAGUUGGUAGGCACUUAAUCAGUAGCACAUUCGGGUAACUGCUGAAACUGGUACACCAGAAGUAACUAGGGAGUGAAUAAAAUUAAUUUUGGGGUCACACCAAAAUAGCAUUCAAAUAACAUCUUGGCACAGAUUUUAGUACCUUGAGAGAAUAAUAAUUUAAAAAAAUACUAGGUAGAUACCACUGGAAAAAAUACUCCAGAGGCUAGUGUAUGUGAAGACCCAAGUAGAUGUCUCACAGUACUUAUACACAAAGUGAACUCUAAUGUGACUCUCUGUUGUGUGACAGGCUGUGUCAUCAUCUCACUUCAGGUUUAUUGCUGAACUGUGACUACCAGCUUUAAGUGAUUUUCAGACUCAUGAAAUUUAUGUCUCAGACUGGUCAGCUUUACCUUGUUCUUGGACUUUUAGUUCUACAGGAAGAUUCCUGACAUUUCAGAGUUACUCACUGUAUAAGACUCAUCAACUUUACCUGCUGUAGCAAUGUGCUAGACCAGGAUUCAGCAAACCUUUUCUGCAAAGGACCAGACAGUAAAUAGUCUAGGCUUCGUGGCCCAUACGGUCUUUGCUGUAACCACUCAGUUCUGCCACUGUAGUGCAAAAAAGAGCCAUAGAUUAUACAUAAAUAAGUCAGCAUGGCUGUGUUCUAAUAAAACUUUAUUUCUUUAUGGACACAAAUCCGAAUUUCAUAAAAUUUUCACAUAAGAUAUUAUUAUUCUUUUUUAUUUUUUUCAACCACUUAAAAAUUUAAAAACCAUGUUUAGUUCAUGGGCCAUACAAAUGCAAACGGCAGGCCACAGUUUGCUGACCCCUGUGCUAGACUAGUCUUGGUAAAAGCUGGCUAUUGACAGACAUUUUAGAGACUUAAAUAAUACACAUAAACUGGAUUUUAAUUCUACUGCUAGUAUAAAGUUCUAGUCAUGCAUCCAUGUAUUGAGACAAUCGCCACCACUGUUUUCUGGAUUAAAGCAUAGGUCAUACGUUUAAAUAUUGCUAUUAUGUUUUAUUUUAACUUUUAUUCUCGCAGAGAACUGUGAAGCUAACAAUAAGGUAAAUUAUGUGAAUGCUGCCUCUGAUUACAUAGUCACAACAUUCUCAUGCAGAGAACAGAAACACUACUCAAAUGAUUGACCGCAAUGGGAGAAAUCUCUUCUAAUGUAGAAAGGGAACAUACCUUUUAAACAGGUAAAUUGUGGGCAAUUCCAAAAAAUGCUUUUCACGCCUAUAAAAUCCAUUUGGCUAAAUCAGACCUAGUGACAUUUCUUUUACCUAGAUGCAUAGAUAUGAUAAGUCACAGGAAAAUGGAAAUAUAGCCCCUUUUCAAAACCAGGAAAUAGCAUUAUCCCAGUGGUUUCUUUUCACACUAACACAACAUUCAAAAAUCAUUCUUGGAUCUUAGACUUACACAUCGCUGAAGAUACAAUGGUAAGUAGCAUACUUGGUGUUUAAAAAGUUAACACAAAUAACUUGGCUAUUUUCACCUGAAGAAUACUUUAAAGACAGAACACAAGAGUUGGAUCACAAGCAUGUGAACAUAUAUUUCUCCUAGCUUUCCAGUUUCAGUAAGUGUAUUUACACAGAAAAAUACAU